AGCACAGGGGGGCACUACAGUACAGGAGAAAGAGAGAGUGUGAGAAAGAAAGAGUGGGGUAGAAAAGAAAGAACGGAUGAUAUAAGGAUGUGGAAGAGUGUGUGUUUAGUGCUAAUGUGCGUUGUGCUGACGCACGCGCAGUUCCCACGUCAGUGUGUGACACCAGAAGGUCUGCAGAGUGGCACCUGCUGCCCAUCACCUACUGGACUGCCCAAUGACGAGUGUGGAUCCAGUACAGGGAGAGGUCAAUGUGUGUCAAUUACUGCUGACCGCCGGCCACACGGGCCUCAGUAUCCUCACGAUGGGCGGGAUGAUAGAGAACGAUGGCCACUUCGGUUCUUUAACAGAACCUGUCAAUGCAACGGAAACUUCAGUGGAUUUAACUGUGGCCGAUGCCGGCACGGUCUGACCGGGCCAAACUGUGAUCAAAGAGUCACCGUGGUGCGACGUAACGUCAUGCAGAUGUCUGCAGAUGAGAAAAGAGCCUUUGUGGACGCCCUGGGCCAGGCUAAAAGAACUGUCCAUCCUGACCUGGUCAUCUGUACCCGCCGCUAUCAGGAGAUUUUCGGCCCGGACGGAGCAAGUGUACAGUUUGAGAACAUCACCAUUUAUAAUUACUUUGUCUGGACCCACUACUAUUCGGUCAGUAAGACUUACAUGGGUCAAGGCCAGCAGAGCUUCGGAGGUGUGGAUUUCUCACACGAAGGACCAGGAUUUGUCACUUGGCACCGGUACCACCUGUUGCAACUGGAGAGAGACAUGCAGGACAUGCUGGGGGAUCCGUCGUUUGCCCUGCCGUACUGGAACUUUGCAAUUGGAGGCAGCGAGUGUGAUAUCUGCACUGAUGACCUGCUGGGAGCCAGAAGCAGCUUUGACACCAAUGGCAUCAGUUCCAAUUCUGUGUUCUCUCAGUGGAGAGUCAUCUGUGAGAGUGUGGAGGAGUAUGAGACACUGGGGACCAUCUGCAACAGUACAGAGACAAAUCCAAUCAGAAGAAACCCUGCCGGUAAUGUGGCUCGACCCAUGGUUCAGAGACUACCAGAUCCACAGGACGUCAUUGACUGUCUCGAGCUGAACACUUUCGACACACCACCUUACUACUCAACUUCUUCUCAGAGCUUCAGGAACACUGUUGAGGGUUACAGUGCUCCCCAGGGAAACUAUGACCCAGUAGUGAGGAGUCUGCACAACCUGGCUCAUUUGUUUCUCAAUGGCACAGGUGGACAGACUCACCUGUCACCAAACGACCCCAUCUUUGUCCUGCUUCACACGUUCACUGAUGCCAUCUUUGAUGAAUGGCUUCAGAGACACACUGCUGCAGGAACAGUGGUCUAUCCUGAGGAAAACGCUCCGAUUGGACACAACAGAGAGUUCAAUAUGGUUCCUUUCUGGCCACCAGUCAGAAAUGCUGAAAUGUUUGUCGCUGCCCCAGACAACCUGGGCUACACCUAUGAGGUUCAGUGGCCAACUCGGGCAUACACUAUUUCAGAGAUCAUCACCAUAGCGAUUGUUGCCGUGGUGCUUAUUGUGGCUGUGGUGGGCGGAGUCAUCGGGUGUGCUGUUCGGGCACGUUCUUACCGCUCGGCUGAGGGCCUGGAGCCGCUGCUAGGGGAACAGUUCAGGCGUUACUCAGAGGAUGAGCGGCAUGCUUCUCAGUCUGUUGUGUGAUUGAGAAACUAAAAAAAAUUUUGCACUGUGCAUCCACACUGUACUGGAGGAGUUUGAAUUAUGAAUUAUUAUCAUUCAAAAGCAUUAUAAAAGUAAAAGGGGCUCAAUUUAUGACUAUUUAUUAUCAGAUUUUUCAUGUCCAGUGAGACACGGCGAAUACAAUCAUAUGCGCACUUAAAACACAUUUAAAUGAGUUUAUGCACUGCUUAUGAAUGCCCUAUGAACACAUGACUUACGGUUAUUGUACAGUGUGGCCUAUUUUAUAUUACUCUGAUAUAAAAGUUUUAAAAUUUUGAUUUUGUGUACUGUACACUCAAUUGUAUUUAACAGUGCAGAUGAUUCGGCAGCAACUGCAAUAGAGACAAAUUUCAAGAAUAUUGAAACAAGAAUAUUAUAAAAUAAAGAUUUUAAGCACAUUUUAUAUAUAUUUUACUAAAUUAUUAUUUAAAGGAAAAAAACUCCUCCUAGUUACCAUAAAAUAACAUUCCUGAUAGUGUCCAUACACAGGCUCAAACUUUUAUAUGACAUGGUUUGUGUAAUGCCAUAACAGUGUUAUGAUUAAUAAUCAAAUCCAUCAGAACAAAAUUGCAAGAGUGGAGAGUAAAAAGUGUCUUGGUGAAAUAAAGUGGGACAACAGACCCUGGCAAAUAA